CAUCAUUUUCCUUUCACAUUUCUGGUCUAUGAGUCAUAAAAACAGAGUCUAGGGAGUCCAGACAAAGAACCCACCAAAAUUGGUUCUUUAAACGUAUUACCAGUUUACUGCUUCAAAAGUAUACUGCCAAAACCAUUUUAAUGGAGGGAACUCCACUUUUAUGAACUCUCUUCUGCAACCAGAAAAAAAAAAAAAAAACACACAAUAAUUUCUCUUCCUAGGACUUCACUAAUAGUACUACUAAAUUCCAAAAAGGAACGCCAUUUUUACUAGUGGCGCCAUCUCCUCACCAAACCUUCUUUCAAAAUCUUUCUCCUAAAACCCACCCUUUCCAGAUUACAUAAAUCUUUCAAACCCAUUUAAUCUUUUCAUCAACUCGUCUUCUUUUUCCCAUUUUGUGUCAUUUUUUUUUCAAUUUUUUCCCCCUUCAUUAGAAAGUAUGGACUUGACCGAAAAAGAGAGCACUGAUUCCGGGUCAGGGUCACCCGUGGAAACAGAGUCGCCGGAGCCACCUUUGAUUACCGCUGCAGCGGUGGUGUCACCGGCGGUGCCUGAGCCGGCGGUGAUGAACAUGGCUGUGGGAGUGACUGAGAAUAGCAGCCUGGAAGCGAAAAUAGCCACCACAGACGGCGGAGGUGGCGGUGGUGGGGUGGUGGUGGGGAGUGGUGAUCUGGUGAUGGUGACAGCAGGGACAGGGUCUGUUUCAGGGUCAGCAGGAGGCAAGAAGAAAAGAGGGAGGCCAAGAAAGUACGACUCAGAAGGGAACUUAAGAAUUCCAAACGUAGCAUCAGCAGCAGGAACAGGGAGCCCACAAACUGGCUUUACUUUGACGUCACCCAAUUCUUCUUCUCAUUCACAUUCUCAGUAUUCUUCCUCUUCAUCAUCAAAAAGGGGUCGGGGUGGUAGGCCUUCUCCCUCUGGGAACUGGCAACUUCUUGCUUCUUUGGGUGAACUGUUUGUAACCACUGCCUGUGAUGAUUUUACACCGCACGUUGUGAAUGUAAAUACUGGAGAGGAUGUUGCAGGAAAGAUCAUAAAUUUCUCUCCUAAGGGAUUGCGAGGGGUUUGUGUUCUAUCAGCCAAUGGGACUAUUUCAAAUGUCACAAUCCGUCAACCUGGUUCUUCUGGGGGCUUAUUAACCUAUGAGGGCCGUUUUGAAAUUUUGUCAUUAACUGGGUCAUAUACAAUAUCGGGAGAUGGAAUCAUAAAAAGCCGGACAGGUGGAUUAAGUGUUUCCUUAGCUGGUCCUGAUGGUAGAGUUAUUGGUGGUGGAGUUGCUGGUUCGCUUUUGGCUGCUAGCCCAAUCCAAGUAUGCCUAUUCACCAUUACCUUAUUAUGAUCAUUAAGUUUCUGGUUACUAUACACUUUGUGAUCUGAUUUUUCAAAUAGUAACAUAUCACCCCAUAAUUAUUUUCUCGAUUGAGAGACAUUUCCGAGAUAAUAAUUCCCUCUAAAUGGCCUACCAUAUGAUAACAGUGUGUUACGGUUUAUUAAAUACAAAAGAACAGCAUGCACUCGUUUAUUUUAGUUACGUCUAUUUCUACCUCAACUACAAAAUUUAGGCAUAUAGGAUGAAGGGCUUGACUAUUUUGUAAGUGCUGUCGCCUUGUGACCAAGAUCACAAGUUCUAGUCAUAUUUGUUUUAAACUCUUGGGUAAUUGAGUAUAAAUUUACUUUUUGUGAAGAAAGUCACCUCGUUUUGACCUGAUAUUGUGAGUCAUUAUACUGAAUCAUAUCUAUGGCUUGAAGUCACAAGGUUCCCACAAUAUUUUGAAGUCUUCCCUUACUCUGGGAUGACCCCUGUUUGUAGCUACCUUAUGCAUUGUUUUUGAGUUAAAUACAUUAUUUGGAGAACAUACUUUCUUCACAUCGAACCUGAUAUUGUGAGUGCUGAAACCGACUUGUUAUUAUGGCUCUGUUCAGUUGUGGUGCCAGCCAAGUCCACUAUUGUUAUAGAUUGCUGGCAUAGUAAACUAUAGAGAUCAAUGCACUACAGGAACUCAUGACUUUUAAACUACAUCGAGGAUCCCUAAUGGAGUAAAUGUAAUAAAUGGAGUAUUUUUCAUUAUUCUCUUCCCUGUUGCUACAUGCAUUCUCUGCAUGUCUGAUGGUAAAAAUCACCCCAUCCUAAAUAUUGUAGACUGGCCACGACACCAUAGAGGCCAUUGGGUCCGUAUUUUCUCAUAACUGUCCAGCACACCUUCCUGUUUUCUUUGGAUGGGAAGAGUAAUAGAAUCUUCCAUCUGAGCAAACUGGUAUCAUCCUGCCAAAAACACAUACUUUAAAUGACUUUGUCAAUGGCUCUAGUGAAUGACCGUUAAUCAUGAAGAUUCUUGUGUCAGCUGUUUUUCCUGUUGUCGAUAAUAUGUAUCAGUUCUAUUGGUAAAACCAACAUACGAUGUUGAUUAAUUCAUAUAAUUUCUUGUCUGUCUCAAGAUGGUUGUGGGAAGCUUUGUUCCAAACAGUGCAAAGACGAGUAAGAGGAGGCACAAUCCAGAACCCAAGAUGAGAACUCCUGUGAAUGUAGCCCCGGAUGUUGUGACCCAGGCUAAACCAGUAUUACAAGCAGCGCCACAGAGCCACAUGUUUGCUACAGCGACAUCUCACUUCAUUGUAGAAGCUAAUGGAGAAGCAGAUAACAGCACAAGCACAAAGGACAAUACGAAUUCGACAUCUUCUGAUAUUGCUGAUUAUAAUGGUUCAGGUCCGACCAUAGAUAUGAGGGGAACUCCCGAUAUCAAUGUGUCUGUGUCAUUUGAUUAACAAUGGAAAGGGAGGUAAAAAAAGUUUUUUUUUUUUGCAAGUGUGACUGCAUCUAGAAUGCGCUUGAUUGUAAUUUGAGGAUCUUAUAUCCAGUUUAGUGAUGCAAUAGAGGCUGGUAGGGUAGUGGGAAGGUGCUAAUUUUAACAUCUUUGUGCCGUGAGACCUUAGAAACAGUGUUUACAGUUUCAUACCAUUUGAAAGACGAAUCCAGCAUACAUUAAACUCAAGUUUCAAGGUUUCUGUUAUUGUUUUCUUCCAUACUAUCAAG